GGAAACCAUCCCGAUUGUGUUUCUGCUCAAUUGGCGAUGGUGGAAGAAAAUGGUAACGUUGUUGGAAAACCAUCCACAGAAGUGCCAAGGAAAAGUAAAUGUUUCGUUUGCGAUGUGAUUAUUUCUGAUGGCGGUGUAUGGUUAAUGGAAUUACUGUCUGUCAACGCUAAUCUCCUGGAAAACAUUGGCAGUCUCAUGGGCGACGGUGCUUUUGUUAUUGUAUCAUGGAAUGACAUUGUGUGCAACGCAUGCUCUUUGUUGCUGAAGUAUUUUACAAAGUUAGAAAGAGAUCUUAUGAUUUUGAAAAAAGUUUUGCGCUAUUACCUUAAGGUUAAGUACCGCUUAGAAGACGAUGGGUUCCACACGAAUACUACGAUUAGCCGGCAAGAUAUUGACUAUAUUGCUGAAUGCUCAUCCCAGGUACUCAGUGCUUCAGAUACAGAAGGAUCACAACUGUCAUGUAGACCACAAAAACUGCAUCUGGCUUUGUCUCAGAAGAGCCACUGUGAUAAAACAGAGAUAGUGCCUCGGAAUAAAACAGCAAAGGCGUCAAACAGUGGCACUGUGAGUGGUUUAAAUCGGAAAGAGACAAAUAUAUUUAAAAAGGAAAAACUGAAAACACGUAAUGUGGCUGCACAAGAAAGGUGUCAUUUUGAAAAUUACCAUUCAGCAUCAGAACAUUGCAAGAACAAUGAAGCCCACGAGAAGCAACUGGAGCGUACUAUAGAUGAAGAUGUUUGUGUCUCCACUACAGGCAACAUGGGGUGCGCAUUAAAUGUGGAAGACCAUCAUAGUAAAAGACAAAAAUGCUUUAUGUCACACUCUUUGAGGAAUGGAAAUGAUGACACUAAAUUACCAGAUCAGCAUGAUGAAGCACAUAGUUUAUUAUUUAAGGAAGGAGCUUUAAAGCAUAAAUGUCCUCCAGGAAAAAAUGACAAUACAAUCUCAGUAGAAAAUUCAGAUGGAAAAAUGAAGAAUGUCAUAUCCAUAACUUUAAGCUCUGACAGUGAACAGGAAUUUGCAGAAGAUCAAUGCAUACAGUCCUCCACUAGAGAUCACAUGCCACAACUUCCAUUUAUGAAGUCUCCUGUGUACAGAAUGUUGAGAAAAAAUAGUAACUCAGUGACUACUCAAGAAAAUAAACAGGUUUCAGAGGAAAAAAAUAAAACUGACACAUUUGAAGAAAAUAAAAAAGUAAUUAACCAGAGCAUUUUUUCUGAAGAUAUUAUUGUUCAUGAUAACACAAAGCCUGAGAAAUCAGGCCUUAAACCUUUAGCAAAAGAGACUGGGAAAAUUAUUUUAAAUAAGGGAUAUGUUGUGGCAAGUAACUCAAUUGCCAACGUAUGCACAAAAACACUGGAGAAUUUAAUUCAAAAAGAGUUACCCAAAUGUACCGAAAGCAGUGUCAGGAGUCCGCCUCACUCUGUAGUUAUAAACGGAGAGCAGUCUACACACACAGAGGGUUUAGAUUCUUCAGAUCAAAUGCUUUAUUUGUCACAAAAGACAUUUACGAGGCCCGAGAAGGGCACAUGUGGGUCACCGGGCUCUGAGAAUGUCCUGAGAAGUAUUGAAGAUAAUCAAAUGAUGCUUCAUAAUCCUCAGAAUGAAUGGGCUGGUGGCCUAGAAAUUGGCUUAGAUGACGAUAUGCCGCACAUUGUUCUUGGAGAUGAAAUGGUUGUUGAUGGGUCAACAUGUGAAGAAAUUGCUUUUGAAGAAAUCCAGGAUACAUCUACACAUAAUAAUGAAAAAAAUUAUAGUAUUCAAAGAGAAAUUGCCGAGAGUAAUAUUUCGAAGAUUGAAAAUUUAAAUGCCCUUUGCUCUGGAGAUGCAGAAAUAGAUUUUAUAGAGUCAACUACUACUGAAGAAACUGCCAUUAGAACAGGCCAUGAAGAAAAUGCAAACAAAGCAUCACAGUUGGUUUCAGGCACCAGUAGCAGUGGAAAUCAGAGCGCAGCUUCAGAAAAUAGUAGUAUUAAUAAUGAAAGAACUAUUUUGAGAUCUUGUGAUGUUAAAACUCGAGCAUCACUGCUUUUUCAAGAAAAUGUUAGUCACUUGCCAGCAUGUGAAAAACUUUUUGAGUGCCACAUAUGUAAUAGGAUUUUAACAACGCAAAGUAAUUUGAAACGACAUUUGUUAAAGCAUGAGAAGUGUACAGUAGGAUCAAUUAUCUGUGAACUUUGCAAUGAACAACUUGUUGACAGGGUACAUUUGAAACAACAUUUAAAAGUCCAGCAUCAACAAUAUGUAAAAUGUGCAUUUUGUGAUAAAGAAUUUUCAAAUAUGAAAUUGUGUAGAGAUCACGAACUGACUCAUCCUGAAAGGGCAACGUAUAAAUGUGACAUUUGUAAUCAAAUGUUUGUCACCGAGGGUCGGCUUAAAAACCACAAAGAAUUGAUUCACGAUGAUCUGUGUGACACCUUCAGAGAUAAUGAUUUUUUCAAGUGCCACAUAUGUUUUAAAACCCUGAGGACACAUCACAAUCUUAAGAGACAUCUUACAAAUCAUGAAAAACCUCCAGUAUCUGUGUCAUGUAAUCUUUGUCAAGAAGUUUUCACAGAGAAAUCUAAAUUAUACCAGCACAAGGAAGAGAAACAUCCUAAGAAACACAACUGCACAUUUUGCAACAAAGAAUUUCUGAGCUUGAGAAGCUGCAGGAUACAUGAAUCAUUGCACCCAGAGCGAGUAGUUUACAAAUGUAAUAUAUGUGAAACUGUUUUCCUCACAGAAUUACGGUUGAAUAGACACAAAGAUAUAUAUCAUAGAGAACCAUACUGCCGGAUCUGUCGCAAGGAAAUACCUGAUCGUUCAAAACUUAUUGAACACGAAAGACGACAUGGGCGCUUUAAACAAGUUUUUAUGUGCAAGGAAUGUCCUAAAGUAUUCAGGACAGCAUCAGGGUUGAAGUACCACAUGUCUGUUCAUACAGGAAAGUAUGCAGUGUAUUGUGAAAUAUGUGGUAAAGGUCUUCAUUCUGAAGUUGUAUUAGCAGAACAUAAAGCAACUCACACAAAAGAAGUGCGGUACACAUGUGAACUAUGUGGCCGAACCUUCUCCUCUAAUAGUACUUAUAGAAUGCACCGUCUCUGGCAUGAUAAUCCUUUGCCUUAUCAGUGUAAUUUCUGUGACAAAAAAUUUAAACAUACUUCUAUUUUGGCGGUGCACAAGAGACGGGUCCAUACUGGUGAACGCCCAUACAAAUGUAAGUACUGUAACAUGGCUUUCAGUGUCAGCAGCACGCUCAACAAGCACUUAAUUCUGCACACAAAACAGUAUCCAUUUAAAUGUGAACAAUGCAAUAAGGGAUUUACAACACGUACUAAAAUAGCGAAUCAUCUUGCAAAAGUCCACAAUGAUGAUAGCAUGUUAAUUGCUGGCAAGAAGGUUUGUGAGUAUAAGAUGGCUUUGAGGCCUAGUGAAAUGGCUGAUGUAGAAUCUUUACAUGAAUUUCCAACAGAUGAAACAGAUGAAAUGGAUUUGUAGGAAAAACCUGUCAGUGAAAGUUGUGACCAGUUAUCAGAAUACAAAGUCGUAUUACAGUGGCCCACUGUGAAAUAUAUUUUCUCAUUGCUAUAGUGUAUAAACUAGGAGCUGAAGAAGAAAAUAGAAAUAAAUACUGAUGAGUUAACUAAACUCUUAAGACUGUAUAGGGACAAAUUCUAUCAUUUGAGGAGAUGGAAAUUAAAAAUAACCAAACUUAGGUCCAUGUACAAAGUGUUACUUUGCAGAGAAAAUGGGAGGAAGUAUAGUGUUAUUGGUUUUUUAACAGUAAUAACUAUGCACCGAUAAAAUUGACUCUGAUUGUCCUGAGAAUCUCAUCUCUUAUUUUUAAAUGAGUGGUUCUGAAGUGCACGAUACUUAAAACAUUCCACCAGUGUUUUGUAGUGAGACUAAAAGACUCUUGUGUGAUACAUUUGUGUGUGUGUGUGUGUGUGUGUGUGUGUGUGUGUGUGUGUGUGUGUGUGUGUGUUCGUUGUGCUUUUCCAGAAAAGUGCUUAUAUAACAGAAUUGUGUAGUAUACUGUAAUAUUUCUUGAAGUUUGAAUAUUUUUGUGGGAAAAAGUUAUUUUUUGUGGACUUAUAAGACCUUGUUGAAAACUGUCAUUUGAUGAGUUAUUAUCUGAAAAUAAUAACCACUAUUGAGACAGUAUUGUUAUGUGAAUCUGAGAAUUUAUAAAACUGUAUAAAUAUAUCAUUUUAUGUUUAUUUAGUUUAGUAUUUAUUUAGUAUCAGAAAAAUUGAUGUAAGAUUUUGUGAACUUUUGUAAACUCACCUUUGCUUGAC